GGACGCUAGCCCCGCGUUUUUCCGGACGGAAAAAGAGGCCGCCUCGCUGCCGCAGAGAGCUAAUUUGUCAUCGAGCAAGCUCCACGUAUCUAGCAUCGAUGCUCCGGCACGCCGCCUUGCGCCUGCGGCCGGUCGCGCGCCGCACCCAGCUCCUGCCUCCUGGAGCCAGUGCUGCGCGGCAAGGAGCCCUGCGGCGCAUCGCGACCGCAAGACCGAGACCACUCACGCUGCCGCAAAGCCGCGCGCCGAAACUGCUGCCGCUCGCGUGCCGUGCCGCCGCCGCGCGGCCGCUCUCGUCAACGCCGCCGCCGCUCGAGGAGGAGGAGAAGGCCCCGGCCUCGGCGAGCGAGCGGGCGCAGGCGUUCGUGGCCAACCUUACCGUCGCGGACGCGGCGCGCUACGGCACGUACGCGGCCGGCGGUCUCGGGGUGUACAUGGUUAGCAAAGGCGUGCUGGGCACGAUCAACACGCUGCUGCACCUGCCGCCCACGACCGUCGCGAAGUACGGGUUUUACUCCGGGUUUCUGGUGGCGUCGGCGACGGCCGUCGCCAUCCGCCAGGCCUGGCUCGCGAUCCACAUCCGGCCCGAGUUUGUGUAUCGCGAAGCCCUCGCGAUGAUUCGAAGAAGCCAGGCCGUCGUCGACCACCUGGGCACGCCGUACCCGUCGGCGGUGCCGCUGCGCACCUACAAUUUGGACGGGGGCAACUUCUUCCCCGGCGGGGCCCUGGGAGUGCAGUGGAAGCCGCCGCGCGUUGUCAUGAUGUUCGCGGUGGAGGGCGCCAAGGAGGAGGGCAUUGUGUACCUCGAGUGCCUCAAGAACUUAAAUGGAAGGCUCCACUUCACGUUCGUGGGCGUGGACGUCUGCGAUAUUAACGAAACGCGGCUCAUCGUGCACGGCUCGGACGAGCGCAUGACGGAGAAGGCGGACCACCUCCAGAAGCUCAUCGACUUCAAGAAGGACAAUUCGCCGCCCAAAGAGUAAUUUUAGGAUCUUA